CAGUGUAAAGUCAACGCCCUAGUCGAGUCGAUAUCGGCCUGACAUAGCUUGUUUACCAAUCGGGAUCGAUUGACAGGGCAGAGAAUCAAAACAAACCAAGAAAAACGAAAGUUAACCAUCACAAUCGAUUAUGGCCCAGCUGCAGCAAAGUGCACUGAAAAGUGAAUUAAAAGCCCACAGCCAGUGCCGAUUGUGCAUGAAUUUGGCCGUCGAGUUUUGCAGCUUUACGAACUUCAUCGAGGACACGCGAACCGUGCAGGAUGUUAUCAAAAUGCUGCUGGCGCUUGAGGACGACCCUUUCCUGCCGCAGCAAAUAUGCAUCGAGUGCAGCAAGGAACUGCUCCACGUGGCGCGAAUCAAAGAACUGUGGGCGACCAAUCAGUUUGCGCUGGCCCGACAAGCCGCCAGCUUGGCAGCGACUAGUAUUGAAAAGUGGCCCGAGGCGGUCAAAUUUCCCGAUCCGGUCGGGGACCACCAAAUGUUUGUUCAAGUUGAUGAAAAUGUGAGCGAAUCUGAACUGUUCGUGGACCGCGCCGACCUGGAGGAAACGCAACUGGGGGACGGUGAAGAGUUGGACCGAUCAGCUGAACAGGAAGCCGAGGAAAAGGCUCCUCGAAAGAAAAAGAAAAAGCGGCGGCCGACUUGCAAGAAGGAAAUUGGCAAGUUUAGAUGCUUCAAAUGUAACAUCACUUUUGAUACCAUAGAGCAAAAGAACGAACACGCCAGACAGCAUUUCAAGUGUAAAUUUUGCGUUGCAAACUUCCUACAGAUGAAUGAUCUACGGAGACAUCUGAGAAAACAUACGAAUGAAAGACCGUACACGUGUCCGCACUGCACCCAAGCGUUCCAACGUUUGGAGCAUGUGAAUUCACACGUCAAACAGAUACACUCUGGUCCUGGAUGCCACUCGUGUACCAUGUGUGCGCAGCAGUACUCAACGGAAGAGGACCUGAUGGAGCAUAGAAAUAGCUCCCAUCCACUGCCUAUUCGACCUAGUGUAAAACAGGAAAAAAGAUCAACCAAACCGGGUGCACCCAGCGAGCCACCAAUUCGUGCAUCAUUUAUAAAGGAGGAACCAAUGGUGGAUUUCUCUGCAAAUCAAGAUAAUUACUAAAUUAUUUAGAUGUGUUUUUGUGAGUUUCAUAAUAUCUUUUGAAAAUGUGUCAUGAUUCAAAACUA